AUGGGGCGGCACGGCUGCCAGACCAUCAUCGCAAGUCGGAGCUUGGAGCGGGUGUCAGAGGCAGCAGCUGCUGUGGGCUGGCAGACGCUGCUCCUGCUCAUCACUCACCUGUUAGAAGGUCUGAGUCUCCCGUUCCCAAAAGAGAAUCCCAGGAAGAAUCUCCCUUCUCUCUUUUUCCAGGCCUCAAAAAAGCUGGUGGCAGCCACGGGCCAGCGAUGUCUGCCUCUGUCCCUAGAUGUCAGGCAGCCCCAAACCAUUAUGGCAGCAGUGGAGAAGGCGCUGAAGGAGUUUGAGCGGAUUGACAUCCUUAUAAACAAUGCUGCAGGAAACUUUCUGUGCCCGGCCAGUGCCCUGUCCUUCAACGGCUUCAAGACAGUGAUGGAUAUUGACACCAACGGCACCUUCAACACCUGCAAAGUGCUCUUUGAGAAAUGCUUCCGGGACCAUGGUGGGGUCAUCGUUAACAUCACAGCGACCGUGGGCUACCGAGGGCAGGCCCUCCAGGUGCAUGCUGGUGCUGCCAAGGCUGCUAUAGACGCUAUGACCCGUCACCUUGCUGUGGAGUGGGGACCCAGCAAUAUCCGAGUGAACAGCCUGGCGCCAGGCCCUAUCAUGGGCACCGAAGGCUUCCGACUGCUGGGUGGGGAGAUGGCCGAGAAGGCGAGCUACUUCGAGAUGAUCCCCCUCCACCGUGCAGGGAACAAGACGGAGAUCGCACACAGCGCGCUCUACCUGGCGAGUCCCCUCUCCUCCUACAUGACAGGCACCACCCUGGUCGUGGAUGGUGGGAGCUGGCUGACCUCUCCCAACAACUUCUCUGCCUUGCUGGAUGUCUGGGCUGCAGGAGCAAAGACGAAUCAAUGAUGGACAGCCUGGGACUGACUGAUGGACAGGAGUAUGACCAAAUGCUACUGCUCUGGGACGUCUCGAGG